AUGCUGAUCCAUAAAGUCAAUAUACUAACAUGGUUUACCAGGAAAUUUGGUAAAUAUCUUGAAUCAAGACAAUUAGAAUUACCUGAAUAUAUUGGACAUUUUAUAAAUUAUAAAGCAUUAAAAAAAUUAAUUAAAUCAUUGGGGAUCCCUGAAAAUAAUAAUGAUUUAGAUAUUGAAAGAACAUUACAAGAAAAUAAAACUUCAUUUUUUUUUAGAUUAGAAAGAGAAUUAGAAAAAAUUAAUUCAUUCUAUUUAGAAAAAGAAUCUGAUUUAAAAAUUAGAUUAGAUAUUUUGAUAAAAAAGAAAAAUAAUGCUAUAUCAAAAAAUAGAUUAGGUUCCAAAAAAUCAAUUGCUUAUAUCACAUUAUAUGACGGGUUUAAAAGAUUUACAAGAGAUCUUGAUCGUUUACAACAAUUUGUUGAAUUAAAUCAAACUGGUUUUUCAAAAGUUUUGAAAAAAUGGGACAAGAGAUCAAAAUCUCAUACAAAGGAAUUAUAUUUAUCAAAAGCUGUCUCGGUACAACCUGUUUUUAAUAGAUUUGAAAUAUCUCAACUAAGUGAUUUAUGUGUAAAUUCACUUGUUGAAUUAGAUUCACAAGCUGAGGGUGAUUAUAAUAAUAAUGGAGGUGCAGAACGAAAUAAUUCUAUUCAUGAGUUUAAAUCAUUACAAUUGGAUCAAUCAGCAGAUAUACAAAAUAAUACAAUAGAUAAACCACAGGUUACAAUAAUUGAUGAUUCUGAAAUUGAUGAAUUAUAUUCAGAAUUUACCAACCUUGCAUUCUCUUCAAAUUUUGAUUCAUUAUUAAUUGAAUUCUUGAAUAGAAUAAAAUCAUCACCCCAGGCAAAUUUUAAAUUAACCAAGAUCUUUUUCCUUUCAAUAAAUACCAAAAUUGAAGAUGAUCAAUUGAAAAAAUUUUAUGAAGCAGCUCCAAAUUCAAUAAAUUUAAAUAUUAUAGAUGAAUUAACUUCAAGAUCUAUUAUUCAUGAAUCUUGUUGUAAUUUAACAAAUUCAAGAUUAUUUAUUGUCGAGUUAGGUAUCCAACACAAGAUUAAUUUAAUUUCAAAAGAUAUUAGUGGUAGAACCCCUCUUCAUUAUGCGUCAGAAUUAGGUAGAUCAGAUAUAAUUAAAAUCUUAUGUUCAAACAAUCAAGUUUUAUCACAUUUAAACUCAUUGGAUUAUGAUGCAAUGUCACCCCUUCUUUUAGCAAUUGAUAAAAAUCAUUUAGAAACAAUAAAAAUCCUUAUGGAAUUUGGUGCAAAUCCAGCACCACAUAAUACAGAACAAAAUCCACAAUAUUUACCAUUAAACAUUGCAUGUAAAUCAGGUAAUUAUGAAGCUGCAAUGUUAUUAUUAUCAAAACCUCAAGUUAAAAAAUAUCAAAAAGAUGCAGAAGGUUUAUUACCAUUACAUGUUGUUGCUAAAACUGGGAAUUAUGAAUUAGUCCCAUUAUUAACCCAGAAUGAUGCUGAUCCUAAUGCCCUUGAUGGGUUUAAUAAAUGGACUCCAAUAAUGUAUUCUGUUAGUGAAGGACAUUCAAAGACAACAGCUGCUUUGAUUAAAGCUGGUGCUUUAAUUGAUUUAAAAGAUGAAGAUAAUUUAACUCCUUUAUUUUAUGCUAUUUGGGAAGGUCAUGUUAAUGUCUUAAAUGUCCUAAUUAAUGAAUUUAAAGAUUCCAAAAAUAUAACACCACUAAAGGUUAUUCCAUCUCCAUAUAUUCAACCAAGUUUAUCAAUAACACCAGAAGUUCUUAAUAUUGAUACUAUCCCUGAUUUAUCAUUACCACCUCCAAUUAUCCCUUUAAGACGUUAUGGACAUAAUUUUUUGGAAAAAAAAAUAUUUGUACAAUUACAAUUUGCCCUUGGUAGAGAUUCUAUAAUAUUAAAUCAAGAUGAAGUUAUUUCUUCCCUUCCGGGUAGAAUUGUUAUCACGUCAAAGAUAAGUGAUGUUGUACCAAGAAAUAUCUUAUUACCAGUAACAGACUUGGAACAAACUGUUGCAUUUCAAAUUGAUUCUCUUGAUGCUUUCCAAAUUGAUUUUGAAAUUUUUCCAUCAUUUGGAACAAAAUUAAUUGCUAAAACAACUGGAUUAUCUGAUGUUUUCAUAAAAGUUUCAAAUGAUGGAUUAAAUAACCUUGCAGUCCUUCCAUUAUUUGAUGGUCGUUUGAAAAAUGUUGGUGAAUUAAGAUUUUCAUUUAAAGUUAUUCAUCCAUAUUCGGGUACACCUUUAGAAAUUUCAAAAUAUGAUACUUAUUGGAAAUCAACAAGUGGGAAUGGUACUAAUACUAAUGCUACAAGUUCGAUGACAAAUUCUGUAUUAAGUUUUGUUACUGCUUCUUCUUUAUCUGGUGAUUAUGCUAAAGUUAAUGUAUCAAUGUUGAGUGAUGGUACACCAAUUGUUUGUCCUUCAUGGGAUUUAGAAGUUCAAGGGACAAAAAUUUCAUUAUUCAAUCUUUCUCAAAAUCAAUUUAAAAAAAUUACAAAUUAUAAUGUUGAUUUUUUUAAAGAUUUAUCAAUUUCAAAUAUUAAUGAAUUUUUAUCACAAAAUUAUAUUUUCUUGGUGGAUUUCUUGAGAAUUCUACCAGAUUUUUUAAAUUUAAAUUUAGAAGUUUUAUACCCUACAGAAUCUGAAAUUAAAGAAAUUCCAAUAACAUUACCAAAAACUACCAAUCUUGAUAAAUUUGUUGAUUUAAUUUUAACUUCAAUUUUUAAUCAUGUUCGAGAAAUAAGAUCAAGUUUUGAAAAAAAAUCAAGAUCUUUAGUAUUUUCAUCAAAUAAUCAAUCUGUUUGUUCAAUUUUAAAUUGGAAACAACCAAAUUAUCCCGUGUUUUUUAACGUUUCAGGUAUAAAUUAUCUUGAUGGACAAUUUAUUCAAAAUUCUGCAAAUGGAUUCCCAUUAGAUAUAGUUAAAAAUGAAGAUUUUACAACAAGAUCUAUAAAAGAAGCUACAAGAUUUGCAACAUUAAAUAAUUUAUUAGGUAUAAUGGUUCCAUCUGAAUUAUUAGUAUUAAUUCCAAAUUUAGUGGAAAGUAUAAGAUCAAGAGGUUUAAUUCUUGUUGCUUCAAAACAAGGUUUUAAAAAUCAUGAAAUUGGAAAUAAUGAUGGAAAUGAUACAUUGAUUAAAAAUGAUAUUAAUGGUGCUAGAUAUCAAGAUGUUCUUACAUUUAAAGGUGAUAUUGAUAUGUAA